AUGACUAAUAACGUUCUAACACUCCCUUAAACAGAUAAUUUAUUCACUCUUGAAGAAAAGAAAAUUAAAAAAGGUGUUGAUAUUACUUGGUAAAAUGUCACAUACACUGCUCAUACAAAAAAAUAUCAUCGUGAGAUUCUAAAGGGACUGUCUGGUAUUUGCAAAUAAGGAGAAAUGACUGCUAUUAUGGGUAGUUCAGGAGCAGGUAAAACCACAUUACUUAACAUUUUAUGUUGCAGAGCUGAAAAUACAGACGAAGUUAAAUUAACUGGACAAAUUACUGCAAAUGGGCAACCUUUUGAUGCUCGCUCAUUCUCCAAUUUCGCUGCUUAUGUAAUGCAAGAAGAUCUCAUAAUGGAAACAAUGACAGUUUUAGAGGCUCUUCUUUUUGCAGCUCACUUAAAAAUGUCAUGCUCAGAGUAAGUAAAGUAAGCAAAAGUUAAAGAAGUUCUUAAAAUAAUGCGUUUAGAAAAAUGCUAACAUACAUUAAUUGGUGGCGCAAAUAUAAAGGGGAUAACUAAAGGUGAAAAGAAGCGUACUUCUAUAGCUUUUGAGUUAGUUAGUGAUCCAGAUGUCAUCUUCUUAGAUGAGCCAACUAGUGGUUUAGAUUCUUUCACAGCUUACAAUGUUGUAGAUGUUUUGCAACAGUAUGCAAGAGAGGAAAACAAAACAAUUAUCUGUACAAUUCAUUAGCCUUCUUCUGAAAUUUUUAUAAAAUUCGAUCGUUUGAUACUUUUGGUAGAUGGUAAGUUCAUUUACCAGGGACCUAGAGACAAAGUAAUUAAACAUUUUGGAUCAUUUGGGUUCCAAUGUCCAAAUUUAAGUAACCCUGCUGAUUAUUUCAUGAGCAUAAUGCAUGCUGAGUCAGAAGAAAACAGAAACAAUUACAAAACUUAUUUUGAGCAAUUCGAUAUGAAUUUAAAACCUAUUAUAGAGUAAGAAAUAGGUCUUCGUGGUACUGAAAAAAUUACUCAUAAAGAAUCACAAGCUAAAUUUUUAAGCUAACUUUAAAUUCUAAUUGGAAGAAACAUAAAGAAUAUGAAAAGAAGUCCUUUGGAACUUCGUGCUAAAAUAAUUCAAGCUAUAAUUUUAGGAGUUUUUAUUGGGCUGGUAUAUCUAAAUCUCCCUGACCCUUACUCUAAUAGAGAUGACUAACGUGCAGUUAACGACUACAACGGGGCAAUAUUUUUUUUAAUCGUAAAUUCUAAUAUGAGUACCCUUUUCCCUAUAGUUCUUACCUUUCCCAUGGAAAAAGCAGUUUUUUUGAAGGAAGAAAAUGCAAAAUUAUAUUCUGUGACUGCAUAUUUUAUUGCAAAAACUCUUGUUGAAAGCGUUUUAUCUUUAAUAUGCCCAAUAAUUUAUAUAGUCAUAAGUUACUAUAUGGUAGGAUUAAAUGCCAAUUUUGGACGUUUCUGUUUUUUCAUUCUAGUCAAUAUUUUAUGUAGCUUUAUUGGGUAAUCAUAGGGUAUGUUCUUUGGUUCCUUGUUCAAAGAUGCUCAUACAGCUACUAGUGUUACUCCUAUGAUGGUAUUUCCAUUUAUGUUAUUUGGUGGAUUCUAUAAAAAUGUGAAUGAUAUGCCAGAUUGGAAUGCAUGGAUUUAAUGGCUUUCUUGCUACAGAUAUGCAUUUGAAGCAUCAGUACGCAGUAAUUAUGUUGACUCUCCUUUCAACAUAGAUGUUGUAGGGUAAACAAAUUUUAAUUUAGGGAAGUGGUUGUGCAUGCUAAUGCUUGUAGUCUUAUUUUUGGGAUUUUCAGGAUUAACACUGUUACUACUAAAGUUUAAAAGAUAGCGCUUAUAAUGA